CUAUGAUUGGUGAUUUAAAAAAUUCUUUAUCUAAUAAAGAAUUUACUGGAACUAUUACUAUGUUAGGUGGUGACAAUCCUAAAAAAGUUAUAGAUAUGGAUGAUUGGGAUAAUGAUAUGGAAAUACCUGAAGCUGGUUUAUCCCUUUGUGAUCAUUCUAAAUCUUUUAAUUAUAAUAAUAAUAGUUGGGAUGAUGAAUUUCUUAAUUCAAAUGACCCAAAUCAUGAAAAUGUUGAUAUUACUAGUUUAAAAAAUAUUGUUGUUAAAAGAGUUGAUCUUCCUAUUACUACUAUUCCACGUAUUUCUUCUGAAAAAGUUGUUGAAAGUGCUAAUAUUAUGUCUGGUGCUUCUAUUUCAAGAAAUUCUUCAAGAUUUAAUAUUAUUGUUAGUCCUUCUCCAAGUUCUAGUAAUUUCGAAAGUGAAGAUGAUGAAAGUUUUGAUGAUUUACAUAUUCCUGAUUCUAUUGAUAAACUUACUUUAUUUCCUCCUCGACGUGAAUAUCAAAAUUCUCCACUUUCUCAAUCUGAUACUAUUAAAGAUAAUUCUAUGAUGGAUUAUAAAUUAUACGACGAUGAUGGUGGUGAUGAUAAUUUUUGGGCUGGAUUAGAUGUUCAAGAUGAUAAUGCUUUUGAACCUGAUAAUAUUAAAAACAAAAAUAUCGUUCCUCGAUCUGUUCCAUUACAACAAAAAAGACCAAGAAGACAAUCUUUUACUAUCGAAUUUUCUCCUUCUUUGGUUUCAGAUUCAUUACAAGUUUCUCAAGUAUCAGAAGUAUCUCAAAUAUCAAAUUCAUUAAUGAAUGUUGAUGUUCCUCAAUCUUUUGAUAUAAAUUCUUGUGAUGAAUUUUCUCAUUCUAAAGAUUCUUCUUCAACAUCUGAAAAAAGUACUGCUUCUACAAAUAGUAGUAUUACUUCGAAAAAUGGUAAAUCUUCAAGUCAUUCUUUAUCAAAAUCUAUAACUCGAAAGAAUUGUCUUUCAUCUUUGGUAACUCCUCCAUCGUCUCCAACUAAAGUGGUAUCACAUUCAAAAAAAGAUACUAGUGUUAGUGUUAUAUCGAAACGACCUUCCAUUAUAUCAUCUAAAACUUCUUCUUCUCCUCCUUUGAAAAAGUGUAAGUCAAAUAUGACUUUAUCAAAAAGUCCUGACUCAUCAAAACCUUCUUCUUAUCAAAAAGAAAAAGAUUCAACAAAAUCUAGUACGAAAUCCAGUGCAAUAUUUAGUGCAAAGUCUAGCGCAAAGUCUAGUGCAAAACCUAAUUCAAAAUCUAGUGCAAAAUCUAAUGCAAAAUCUAGUGCAAAAUCUAAUGUAAAAUCUAGUGCAAAAUCUAAUGCAAAAUCUAGUGCAAAAUCUGUUACAAAAUCUGUUACAAAGAAUUCUACGACGUCAAAAUCUCGUACUUCAACAAUUUCAAAAGUUUCAAACACAAAUGAUACAAGUAGCGUUAAAGAAAAUUUCAAUCCUUUGACAAAAUCAAAAAAAUCUUUUGUUACUUCCAACAAAUCUUCUUCAACAAACAAGUCCUUAAUUUCUACAAGACUUUUAAAGGUGGCUUCAUCACCUUCAUUAAAAACAGAAAAACUUUCUGGUGAUUCAUCUUUAACGAAACAUGUAAAUAUUUCUUCAGUUUCGUUAGCAAGU